CGCGGCCUCGAUGGUGAGAUCGUCGCCGCCGUCGGGAGGAUCCGGGAGCUCAGGGAGGUGGUCCGGGUGCUCACGGGCGACCUCGUCGGGGACGCCCAGCAGGUGCAGGAGCUCAAUGCCACCCGAGGGAACCUCGUCGCCUUGCAGGAGAAGCUCACCAUCAUCCUCUAUGUCAGUCAGGCGCUCGCAGCCCUCAAGCUGCUUGUGCUAGCGGCAGAUUGUGCUGGUGCGCUUGAUGUCAUUGAUGACUUGCAAAAUCUCAUAGACACUGAUGAACUUGCUGGGCUUUAUUGCUUUCGACAUAUUCGUGAUCAGUUGGGAACAUCAUUAGAUUCAGUGAACAGCAUUCUUUCAGCAGAGUUUGUACGGGCUGCUGUUCCUGAUGGAAAAACUGUUGAUGCGAUGGUUUUAUCAACUGUGAAAAGGAAGACUUCUACUCCCCUCAAUGGGACCGAGCAUGAAGUAAACGUUGAUGAGGAGGAUGGCUUCAUCCUCAGAGAUCGUCUUCUCCCCCUCAUUAUUUGCCUGCUGAGAACGGACAAAGUUCCUGCAGUGCUCAGAAUGUACCGGGAUACCCUUAUUACUGUUAUGAAAGCUUCAAUCAAAUCCACAGUUGCAGAGAUGCUUCCAGUAUUGAUUUCCAAACCAAUAGAUUCUGAUUCAGUAACUGGAGACAGAGCUGCCGAUUCUGAUGCUGGAGGCCAGUCUUUAGCAAAUAAACUGCGUAGUCUAUCAUCUGAAGGUUUUGUUCAGCUUUUAUCGGCUAUUUUUAGUAUAGUUCAGGUACAUCUCCAGCAAGCAGCUGAAGUUAAAAAAAUAGUUCAGUGGAUCAUGCGGAACCUUGAUGGGAACAUAAGUCCUGAUGACACAAAUCCUGUCGUACAACACGGUGGCUCAGUUGAUCUUUCCCAAGAGAAAGACUAUGAUGUUACUUCACGGGUCUCUAAUACUGUUACACGCACUCCUACUAAGCUUCCGUUGUUUCAAGGAAAGACAAAUGAUAUGUCCAGUAUAAAUUCAAUAAAAAAUAUUCGAGCUGACGUGUUGAGAGAAAGCACAGAAGCAGUGUUUGCUGCAUGUGAUGCUGCACAUGGACGAUGGGCUAAGCUGCUAGGUGUUCGUGCUGCUCUACAUCCCAAGUUAAGGCUUCAGGAGUUCCUGAUCAUCUAUAAUAUAACAGAAGAAUUUAUAGCUGCUACAGAAAAGGUUGGAGGCAGGUUAGGUUACAACAUUCGCGGAAUUCUACAGCAACAGUCAAAGCAAUUUGUUGAGUAUCAGCAUAGUGUUCGGAUGGCAAAAAUUAAGGCAGUUCUUGACCAAGAGACGUGGAUCGCUGUUGAUGUUCCUGAAGAGUUCCAAGCGAUUGUUCUGUCACUGUCAUCAACUGACUUUCCUGUUAAUGGCAUGGAGAUGCCUAGCAAUGAUAACAACUCAAAGCUCAGUGAGGAUGGGGUUUCAACAAGUCAAGAAUCAGCACAUUCAACUGAAAAUAAUGUUGAAAAUAGCAAUGGAACAUCUACGACAAGCAAUGAAAACAAGGUUGAAUCCACUUCUCAGACUGAAAAUAGUGUUGCUGGCCAUGUUAGGCCAGUCUCGCAAACCAUUGUGCUUGGAGGUGUUGGCUAUCAUAUGGUGAACUGCGGUUUGAUAUUGUUGAAAAUGCUAUCAGAAUAUGUUGACAUCAGUAAAUGUUUGCCAUCGUUAUCUUUUGAGGUGGUCCAACGUGUUGUUGAGAUAUUAAAGCAUUUCAAUACCAGGACUUGCCAACUGGUUCUUGGCGCAGGUGCCAUGCAG